AUGCCCGUCCGCAUUCCCGCUACCACCAGGACUGAGGUCUUCUGCAUGGGUGCUGCUGGCGUCACUGGCUUCGCCCCCUUCUACCUGAUGGCACCCGGUGCUGAGGAGCGCCUCUCGCGGCAGACAGUCAAGUGGGCUCCCCGCUGGGAGCGCAACAUCACCUUCUUCAGGAACCCCGUAGAGAGGGGUAUCCAGAGAAUCUCACCGCCCGUCGAGCGGACCGUCAAGAGGAUCGAACACCGUCUUCCCUUGGAGAAGGCGGCCAAGAAGACAGACAUGAGCAUCAAGAGGAACCUCGACAGGUUGGGCAUCAAGCACACCUAA